GGUCGAGGGGCGGAGUCUAGCGGUGGAGGGCGGAAGCUAGGCGGAGUUGUGCGCAGCCUUGAGACAGAGAGUGGGAUCUCUGCAGCCCUUGGGCGGGACUGGGGCGGGGUCUGGGCGGGCAUGAAAGAGGUCUCCAGGCAAAGAGGCGGGUCUCGGGGGAGCUGGGCGGAGUCCACUGGCUAAGGGCGGAGCUUCCGGCCGGAGCUAAGGGAGCGCGCCAGCCUUAAAGCUCUUAUUAGGGGCGGUACCUGCUUCCAGAAGUUUAAUGCUCCUAAGCAAUGUUCUAAGCAAGCAGUUUUUCAGAAACGGUUGAGAACUUAAGUUAUUUUUAUUUUACUCGGCCUGAUGCUAAAGUGUUGACGUUUUGUGCUUUACCCAGAUUUCCAAGCUACGAUGUUCUGAUGUUUGUGCCAGAAGUUCAACUUGGCCUUCAACUCCUAUUUUUAAGUUGUCAUUAAGGGAGAUGUGCUAAGAAGACUAAUAACUGUAACAUUUGCAAUCACAUGCCUGUGUAGGUGGAGGAGGGCUCGAUUCUUACUACUGAAGAGAAAUGAACAGAUGAGACAGAAAUGGUGGCUUAUGAGAAGUGACGAAAGAGAACAGGCCACAUUUACUUCCGCACAGGAUGACUCAAAAGCCCGUGGCGCACAGGAUGACUUAAAAGCCCGUGGUCAUCGACCCGUUGACAGGAGAAAGGAAGAGCCUCCUAGCCUAAGACCUGCCCCUCCUCCUAUCAGUGGAGGGGGCUAUCGAGCCCGACCAGCCAAGGUUGCUGCCAGCCAGAAGAAAGUGGAACGAAGACCCCCUGAUGCAGGAGGCUGCCUUCAUGCUGACUCAGACAUGGGAGUGUUGUGUCCUACAGGAUGUACAUUGCAACAAACUUUGAUAAACCAGGAAAGGCCAAUCAAGAACAAUAUUGCCGAGUUAAAUAAGAACAUACAGUCUGUUUCUGACACCUCCUCCGUCACCUUUCAAUACCUGACUCUGCUAAAAGACAUGUGGAAAAAGAAGCAAGCACAAGUUAAAGAUAAUGAAAAUGUCAUAAAUGAGUAUUCCUCCAUUCUGGAAGACCAGAGAUUAUAUAUUGACGAGACUGUAAAUGAUAAUAUCCCCCUUAAUCUCCGUGUGCUCCGCUCAAUCCUGGAGGACCUGAGAAGCAAAAUACAAAAAUUGGAAUCUGACAUCUCAGCACAAAUGGAAUACUGCCGCACUCCAUGCACCGUCAGCUGCAACAUCCCAGUGGUGUCUGGGAAAGAGUGUGAGGAGAUCAUUAGGAAGGGAGGUGAGACAUCCGAAAUGUAUCUCAUCCAGCCUGACACCUCCAUCAAGCCGUACAGAGUAUACUGCGACAUGAAAACAGAAAACGGAGGAUGGACAGUCAUACAGAACCGUCAGGAUGGCAGUGUAGACUUUGGAAGGAAAUGGGAUCCAUACAAAAAAGGAUUUGGAAAUAUUGCAACCAAUGAAGACGCGAAGAAGUACUGUGGCUUGCCAGGUGAAUAUUGGCUUGGGAAUGAUAAGAUUAGCCAGCUCACCAGGAUGGGACCCACAGAACUUCUCAUCGAGAUGGAGGACUGGAAAGGAGACAAGGUGAAGGCGCAUUAUGGAGGCUUCACGGUGCAGAACGAGGCCAGCAAGUACCAAAUCUCAGUGAACAAGUACAAAGGGACUGCUGGAAAUGCCCUCAUGGAUGGGGCCUCUCAGCUGGUGGGGGAGAACAGAACCAUGACCAUCCACAAUGGCAUGUUCUUCAGCACGUACGACAGGGACAACGACGGCUGGGUAACUGCGGAUCCAAGAAAGCAGUGCUCCAAAGAAGAUGGUGGAGGAUGGUGGUACAACAGAUGCCACGCGGCCAAUCCGAAUGGCAGAUACUACUGGGGUGGCCUUUACAGCUGGGACAUGUCCAAGCAUGGCACAGAUGAUGGCAUGGUGUGGAUGAACUGGAAGGGAUCGUGGUACUCAAUGAGGAGGAUAUCUAUGAAGAUCAGGCCCUUCUUCCCACAGCAAUAGUCCCCCAAGCAUAGACUUUCGUUCUUCCGCGUCUGACAUUUUUUACAUUAUGUUAUUGGAAUUUUCUUUGAUACAUUAUAUCCACUAAAGCUCAAAACGAUGGUUGAGUGUGUGUCUUUUGGAACCAUAUAAGAUAAAGACAUUAACAACAG